AUGAUUAAAGUCGCAGUGGUUGGUACCAACGGGCUCGCCCAGUAUAUCGUGCACAAUUUGGCCACUCAGACCUCCCACCAGUUUGUCAUCUUGUCCAGAAGGCCUAGUCCUGGUCUUGUGGCAAGAGGAUGGCAAGUGCUCCAGGUGGACUAUUCCAACCAGGGAGACCUCCAGUUUAAGCUGGCUGGCGUCGACACGGUCAUCUCGACAAUCAGCGGCAAUGCUCAAUUGGCACUGGUCGACGCGGCGGCAGCAGCGCAUGUGCGACGGUUCGUACCUUCCGAGUUUGCCGGCCCUCCCUCCUUACGGCCUCACAACGAUAUCCUCGACGAUGGACGACGUGCAGCGAUUCUACGGCUCCAUCAGCUGGAGGGUUCAGGCAUGCAGUUCACAAUCUUUACCUGUGGAGUACUCUACGAGAGAUUCGCCCCUGGCGGGAUGGCCGCGUCACAGAUUGGGUUGAGAAGCAACAUCGGACAAGAAGGUGAUUAUCUCAUGGACUUUCGUCGACGACGAGCGCAGAUCCCGUAUCUGAGCUCCACGGGUCAGGCGGCCACCAUCUGUAUGACUUCUGCCCAGGACGUGGCCAGGUUUGUGGUGGCGGCCUUGGAUCUGCCGUCGUGGCCACGUGAAUUCAGAUUACGAGGAGAGAGGAUGAGUGUCCGAGAUGUCGUUGCCGUCGCCGAAGGAAUUUCAGGGCGACAAUUUGAAAUCUCGGGCCACACCAGAAGCUCAUUACAAGACGCGUUGACAUAUGCACGAGCAGUAGGGGACCGCGGACGGGAGAUCAGGGUGCAUCACUUGAUGGCUACGGCUGAAGGUCGCUAUGACUUUGUCAGCACGAAUCUCGACCAGUUGGUGACGAUUCGGCCAGAGAAAUUCCGCGACUGGUUGGUGCGUGUAUGGAUCUCGACUUGA